CUGCCCUUGAUGUAUAUGGCAGCAUGUUUACAUCGGCUCCAGUAAAAUGUGAUUUGCAAAUGUUUGCAACUGUUUUUGAGCGGUAAAAUUAUGGUAAAGUGGUUUAAUAAACUUAAAUGGCAUCAAAUCAAGAGCCUGAACAGCCAAAGAAAAAGAAAAAACGGAUAAGAAGUAAAAACAAAGACGAGCCAAUCCCGGGUGCGUUUGAUUUGUCCGCCAUUAUUAACUCGCAACAAACAUUUCCAUUAAGCAGUAAUAUGAAUGGCCAACCGUACAUGAACAAUAAUACAAAUUUCCACAACAUGUCCAUGCCUAUGAUGUCAUCACCUUUUGUAACAUCACCUACGCAGCAAUUCCAAAUGGGGGCUCCGUAUAUGCCCUGCCCCACACCAACGCAAGCGAGUCCACCUCAAUGGGCAACCGAACUGUUAUCAAAAUUCGAAGCUAUGUCAGUUAAAAUGAACAGUAUUGAUGAAAUAAAAAGUGCAGUUAGCAGUGUUGAUUUUAAAUUGAGUGAAAUGAAAGGUGAUAUGAAUAAACUAUCCAAACGUGUACUUGAUGUAGAAACAAGCCAAAAUUUCAUUUCCAAAUCUUUCGAUGAAAACAUUAAAAUGCAUGAAAAAACAAACAAAAAGAUAGAAUCUGAUAUUAAAAAACUUGCAACAGAGUGUGAAGCCUUGCGCAGUGAUAUGUCAUUUAUCAAGCGGGACUCUAAAAACUUGUCAGAUUCAAAAGUCAACCUUCAGAAAAUUUUCAAAGCAAAUGAAAAGCUCAAUAAUGAUCUUGAAUCUAUUAAAAGUGAAACCAUGCGUGAUAAUUUGCUAUUUCAUGGAAUAAAGGAAAGUGAAGGGGAAGAUUGUGUGCUUAUUAUUAAAAGUAUGUGUGAAAACAACCUAGAAAUUGAGGAUGAAUUAAACAUAAAAUCUGCCUUUCGUCUUGGUAAAAAAAAUGAUAUAGCAGUAUUGAGUCAAAAUGAGGGUCAAGAACGUAUACGGCCUAUAUUGGUGAAAUUUAGUGACAGGCAGAAACGCGACAGUGUACGUAAAAGGAGUUUCAAGUUGAAAAGUUCGUCAAUCUCUAUUACUGAUCAAUACCCGAAAUCUGUUGUGGAAAAGAGGAAAUCAUUAAUUCCCUAUCUUAAAAAAGCUCGUGAUGCAGAUGUGAAAGCAGUGCUUAUUAAGGAUAAAUUGUUUAUUGGAGAUGUUUUAUAUUCAGGUGGCCCAAUUGAUGUAGCUAUUGCAAACGCAAAAAAGGAAAAAAGGAAAUUUAGUGAUUCAGAAAAUGUUAUAGAUAAAAGUCAAAAUCGUAAUGGUGUCGAUGUCGUGAAUGAAAAUGGUAUGCAAGUAUCAUAG